CUGAGGAAAUUUCCUCGUUAUUUCUAACACAGACAGUUUUCUUCUUUCUUUCACAUUUGGGUACCUUUGUUUAGCUUCUGCUCUGUGAAUUUCUUUUCUCCUAUCACAAAGAAGAAGAAGAAGAAGUAGCAACUAUGGGUGGAGGCAAUGGUCAGAAGUCCAAGAUGGCUCGUGAGAGAAACUCGGAGAAGCAAAAGGGCAACAAAGGUAGUCAGCUUGAGUCGAACAAGAAGGCUAUGUCUAUCCAGUGCAAAGUUUGCAUGCAGACAUUCAUUUGCACCACAUCAGAGGUGAAGUGCAGGGAACAUGCUGAGGCAAAACACCCCAAAUCUGAUGUUUAUGCAUGUUUCCCUCAUCUUAAGAAAUGAAGUUAUAUCGAGGAGUGCUUGUGGAAAUGAGUGCCACAAAGCUACACAUCUCUAAUGUCUUCUUUGUUGUUAAGUUUACAGCUUAUGCAAAACAAUCUCUCCAGACUUGUGGGGGGAAGCUCUGAAAGGAUUGCUUUUCAUAACCUUUAAAUUAAGCAACAAUUAGAUAUGAGAGAUGAAGCUUUGCACUCAUAUUUAGUUCUGUAUUAAUUAGCUUGAAAGUAUUUGUGGAACUUACCCAAAAAAGGAACAGUGUGUGGAGUAUUUUGUACUAAUUAUUGAUGAUGCCUUUGCCGUAA